UUCCCAGCAUGGGGAAGACGGACUUCCUCAGCCCCAAGGCGAUCGCGAACCGCAUCAAGUCGAAGGGGCUGCAGAAGCUGCGCUGGUAUUGCCAGAUGUGCCAGAAGCAGUGCAGGGACGAGAAUGGCUUUAAAUGUCACUGCAUGUCAGAAUCUCACCAGAGACAGCUGCUGCUGGCGUCGGAAAACCCUCAGCAGUUCAUGGAUUACUUUUCAGAGGAAUUCCGGAAUGAUUUCUUAGAACUGCUCAGGAGACGAUUUGGAACAAAGAGAGUCCACAACAACAUAGUGUACAAUGAAUAUAUAAGUCAUCGGGAGCACAUCCAUAUGAACGCCACCCAGUGGGAGACACUGACUGAUUUUACCAAAUGGCUGGGGAGAGAAGGCUUCUGCAAGGUGGACGAAACCCCCAAGGGCUGGUACAUCCAGUACAUCGACCGAGACCCCGAGACGAUCCGCCGGCAGCAGGAGCAAGAGAAGAAGAAAAAGCAGGACUUGGACGAUGAGGAGAAGACAGCCAGGUUCAUCGAAGAGCAAGUCCGGAGAGGCCUGGAAGGGAAGGACCAGGAAACACCAGUCUUCACGGAACUAAACAGAGAAAACGACGAAGAGAAAGUGGUGUUUAAUUUGAACAAAGGAGCCAGUACGUCCACAGCAACACACCCAAAGCCCAGUUUGUUUGGACCCAGCGGGCUGAAGACGGCAGGAACAGUGCCGACAGUCAAGCGGAAAGAAACGUUUUCUGCCUCAGGGCAAUCUAAAGAAAAGAAGAGGAAGACAGCGCUGGAUGAGAUCAUAGAGUUAGAAGAAGAGAAGAAAAAAUCGGCUCGGACCGACUACUGGCUACAGCCCGAAAUUGUGGUCAAAAUCAUAACAAAGAAGCUUGGCGAGAAAUACCAUAAAAAGAAGGCUGUUAUUAAGGAAGUGAUCAACAAAUAUACAGCAGUUGUCAAGAUGCUUGAUUCCGGGGACAAAUUGAAGCUCGACCAGACCCAUCUGGAGACAGUGAUUCCAGCCCCAGGCAAAAAGGUGCUGGUUUUAAAUGGCAGCUACCGAGGAAGUGAAGCGACUCUGGAAUGCAUAAACGAGAAAACAUUUUCGGCCACGAUACUCAUCGAGUCUGGUCCCCUACAGGGACGCCGAGUGGAAGGCGUGCCGUACGAAGACAUCUCCAAACGGGCAUGA